CGCGGCCGCUCCUCCCCACUGCGCACAGCGGCGUCUUCCGGGCCGGCACGCCGGCGAUGAUGGUGCAUUCGGUGAGAAACCGGCAGCAGCCCUUCAGCGGCUGGUCUCGCUCCACUCGCCAGACGUCGACGUCGACGACCACCUCGCAGUUCCUCGAGGCGCAGAAGCCUCGGUCGAUGGCGGCCGCGUGGAUCGACGGCGGCGUCCCGCGGUGGGUGACGCUGGUAGACGAGGUCCUCUUCGUCGUCGCGUCGGCCGCCUUCAUCAAAGGCUCGCUCGACUUCUUCCCCGGCGUGCCGCUGCAGUCGUACAUCGAGGGCAUCAACCUCUUCUUCGCCGGCUCCGCCGUCUACACCGUCCUCGCAGUGUUUGCGGCGUACGAGAUCGUCGAGGACGCAAAGCUGUCUGGCCGCGAGGCGCCGCCCGCCAAGCUCGUGGAGCAGGCGCUCUACCUGCUCGGCUCGGUCUUCUUCCUCUUGGGCACCGCAGAGUUCACGCCGCCCGCCGAGUCGUCGGCCGAGGAUGCGGCCGUGAGCGUGAGCGUGCUCGGCCGCACCUUCUUCCUCGGCUCGGCGGCCUCCAUCCCCGAGGACACGCUCGCCAUGGGGGACGAGCUCUUCAUCCUCGGCUCCUUCCUCUUCUCGGUCGCCGCGUUCAUCUCGGCGAUCGACGUCUCGGGAGAGAGCACCGGCGACGAGGUCUCGGUGCUGCAGCGACGCACCUCCGUCGCCGUCGCCUCGCUCUUCGAGCUCGGCGGCUCGGGGGGGAGGAGCGCUGCUUCACGGCUAGGGAGUGCCGUGCGCCUAGGCACGCCCUGCUUCUACCCCGCCGGGCCGAUGGGGAUGAGCGCGUGCCCCGAGGGGACCGAGACGCUGACGAGAGUCGGCGCCGCGCUCUUCGUCGCCGGCUCCGCUCGCUCAUCAUCCUCGCCUUCGAGGCGUGGCUCACCUUCCGGGGAGACGAGCCGGGCCCCGACCCGCGCGCGGCGGGCGGCGUGGGCAGCCGGCAAGGAGGAGGGGCGGGGCUGCAGGCCGGCGUGCCGCCGACACGGUGACGGGUCAGCAAUCAGAGACGGAGAGAGGAGGGCCGGGGGCCGCAGUAGUAGCCAGUACGAUGUGGGCCGACAAUUAUGUCAACGUACACACACACACACACACACACACACACACAGUGGAGAGAUAGCAUAACUGAAUCAAAAGGCUGUGAAUCGUCUCGACACCACGCACGACGUGCGGAGAGCGUGUCAAGUCACAAGUGCACGUUUACACACACGUACGACAUAGCACAAACCCCCCAGUGCACGGGCGUCAUGCUUUUAUAAUUACCCCACCUACCUAUA